AUGGCUGCGAAGGUGACAAUACCGAAGCGUCCCGAACUCCCACGACAGACAACCAGUGGUGGAGAUCUACUAAAAAAGGAGGAGGCUGUCACCAACAGCACAACAGAUAGGGAUGCGACUGACGAGUGCGUGUUAAUAGCCUGCUCUGCAGCCUUCGUUGAUGUCUUUUCAUUCACAGAUACUGGUACUGCAAGUGGCGUAGCAGAGCGCACCAAGAAGAUUUCGCAUGAAGAUGUGACUGGAAUAUCUUCUAAAGCUGAUGAGAAGGCCACCAGCAAAGGGCAUUCACAGCCUGCCUUGGUCGACACCGACAAUAACACACAAACCGGUUAUAACAACGAAGUAUUCGUCAGCGCUUCAUCGUUAUCUUAUGGCACCAGUGACACCAACAGGACUUUUUCGGAUGAGACGUAUGCCGGAACAGCCAGGGACGUCUCCAUAAGCGUCACGGUGAAUGACACAAAGCCACCAUUUGCCCCAAACGAGCUCACGGCCAAAGCAGUGCCUCGUGAGGCGCCCACGUCGACCACCCGCGCCGUUACUCAAACCGUCGAGGGCGAAGCUUUCGAAACAGGACCAGACGACGGCUUCUACGGAACGACAGCAGAGGAGCCACGAUGGGAGGGCCGCAUGGGUGGCGAAGUACGCGCCACCAAUCGACUGCUGUGCACAGCCGGGAGCAGAGCUUCCUCGGAGGAGAUGCUGCCGCCGGACGGACUCUGCGACCUGAUGUUCUACACGGAUGUCGUGUGGCAGGACGGAGCACUGCGCGGUGUCCAGAACAAGGAGAGCUGGGAAGCCUUCCAGGCUGCUGCCGCAGCAGCCACGAGAAGCGGACACGGACUGUCAGUCGAUUACGGAAGAGCCAAUGACCUUUACGGGAGCCUCACUACGCCUCUGGGUCGGCAGAAGCUACGCGAGUUGUUUUUCAAGAACGUCGUCCACUACGGCAUAUUGAAAGCAACGGGAACGGUGGCGCAGCUCCUUGAAGAUAUGCAUGGAAAGCUAACACUGCUGAAGGCGCUGAAGCAGCUGCAAGAAAAGUUCAUCUCCGAGGCCCCAAUGACGAAGCCGAGGCUGGACGUUGCUCUCGGAGUCAGAUUCACCACUUACGACAGCCCUGACGACAGCAAGCAUCAUUCUGCGGCAAUGACAGCGAUGUCCAAGUAA